CAUACUGGCCAUCGGUUAAAGAGUUUUUUCCGAGUUUUUAAUGACCUUUCCUCAUUAGAAAAGAGCCGGAAAGGAAUUUCGACUAGCUACACUUAGAGAGAAGGUGAACAUUUCGCAAAUUUAUCAUGAUUCUUCAACAGCUCUUUAGAUUUUCUUCCAUUUUCCGUUCAGCCCUAUCUGUCCAAUUGCGUAGAAAUAUUGGCUUUUCUGCCAUCGCCUUUAAUAAAGCAAAGGAACUUGAUCCUGUACAGAAGCUGUUCUUGGACAAGAUUAGAGAAUAUAAAACCAAGAGCCAGUAAAAAACUGGUGGCCCUGUUGAUGUUGGUUCAGAAUAUGAGAAAGAGCUGAAUGACCAAACUGAGAAACUCACACGGUUAUAUGGCGGAGGAGACAUGACCAAAUUUCCAGAGUUCAAAUUUGAACGUAAGGUUUUAGAAAUGUGCCCAUUACAGGUAGUCCUCAAUUUACAAUAAUUUCUA